GCGUCGAGCCGAAGUGUGCGAGCUAACCGGGUUUGCCGCUAGCGCCCCGUCGGCGGGACCUGCCACAAGCACCGACGCAACUGCCCGCUAAGUCCCCUCCAGCGCGACUGUGGAAGUACUGAAGGGUCUCGCGCUCGAAUGUGCAGGAUGCGCGACUUCUGAUUGCUGACCACCUAUUCGCGGGUCAACGUGCCGCUCCACCAUCGCAGAACGUAGUGCUUUCGACUGUCCUCGCCGCUACCCAGCAUGUCCACAGAGGCCGCACUCGCCGGCUUUCAGCAAGCUUAUUAUAAGCAUGAUGCCUUAGAGCUCGCAAGCUGCCUCAAGCCUACACCCGUCGAUCGCCUGUACGACUUCUGGCGCUCCACGAACGAAGCCAGGGUCGAGCACACCGUCAAACACGCCAUCACAUACGGAUUGAGUGGAAUAGAACGCUCGGAAGCGCAGGGCUGGAUCGACGUGUUUGUGGGCUUUUGGCGGGCUUCGGACAAGAUCAUCAAAGCAGACCAGGCACAGAAUCAAGGCAGGCUUUCAGAGCGACAUGCGGUUGAAGUCUACGAGACAUGGAAGGACUUGGUGCAAACUUUCCAGAAGUACAUCGGCAACGGAACGCUGCCACAUUGGAUCAUCUUCACGCUUUACUUUGUCGCGAAUGAUCUCAGAAGGUUCGCUAUCAAGGCGGAUGCACAACUGGCCAAGGCAAAGCCAGUCACCUUCAGUGCAGGACUUUCAGAUGAUAUAGUGGCCACAACACCAAAGAACCAGAAACUUGAAGAAGCUGCACGAGUCUUCAGCCGCAUCUUUGCAUUGUGCAUGAGCGAUAGAAAUCCCAACCUGAGCGAAUCGCGCAAAUGGGCUGUGUACUGCAUAGCGAACCUGCAGUUCAAGACAUAUUUCAAGCUGAAAACGAUCACCCUGUGCAAGAAUUUGAUCAAAUCAAUCGAAGCUCAAGCAGACAUGCCUCCGUGGAACCUAUACCCGAAGGCACAUCGGGUCACCUACAUGUACUAUUGCGGCGUCAUAGCCUUCCUACAGGAGGAUUACAACAAGGCAGAAACCGCGUUGUUUAAUUCGUGGGCAUAUUGUUACAAGGGAAGCACCAAGAACCGAGAGCUCAUCCUGACAUACCUGAUCCCUUGUCGGCUCAUCACAAAGAGCGAGAUUCCGUCUGCUCAGAUUCUUCAAGAAUUUCCGCACCUCCAGAAUCUAUUCGGUGACCUCGUUAGCUCCAUCAAGAGGGGUGACCUUGCAGGCUUUGAUAAGGCGUUCGCGGAAGGCGAACCCGAAUUCGUGCGGCGACGUGUCUUCCUGACAUUGGAGCGAAGUCGCGAUAUCGCAUUACGCAAUCUUCUGCGCAAGGUGUUUCUCGCGGCAGGAUACGAGGAUCUCAAAGAGGGGCAGACAGAGAAAGAUAGAAUGAGGAGGACCAGGAUUCCGCUAGCACACUUCGCUACAGCACUAAGGAUGGGAUCCGGAGGUGGACAAACUGUAGACGACGAGGAGGUCGAGUGUCUGCUAGCCAACAUGAUUUACAAGGGGCUCAUGAAAGGCUACAUAUCGCGCGAACAUGCAAUGGUGGUGCUGAACAAGAAGGGCGCAUUUCCCGGAACCGGGGUGUGAUACCUAACAGGUGCCUACGUUUCACUACUGCGCCCCGCCAUUGUCCGGGUAUGUUCCGCGGUCUAUGUCAGGCAGGUUCGGCUGCAUUG